AUGGCAAAGGCAGGAAUUGACACAAAUAUGUUCAAACCCCAUUCCUCAAGGCACGCUUCCACUUCAUGUGCGCUAAGACAAGGGGUGCAUAUAGAUGCAAUACGCAGAUCAGCUGGUUGGAGCCAGGACUCUCAAACCUUUGCAAGGUUUUACAACAGACCUCUAGUAGAGAAAGAUAAUUAUUUAACAUCUGUCUUGAAUCUAUUAUCAUCAGAAACAUAG